AUGGGGGAAGUUCGUGAAGUUGGGUUCUUUUUUGGGAUAUGCCAAUGGAACUCCAAACAAACAAUGGAGAUCAUGUUUGAUAUAACUCCUUUGAGUUUUGAUCAUCCACCAUCCGAAUUCGGUCCCAAAAGCGAAUUGUGUCGUGAGUUCGAAGCGGUGAUGAAGUCAAAAUUUGAAAUGAGCGUGAUGGGCGAGUUAUCGUUCUUUCUAGGUCUUCAAGCGAGUCAAGAAAAAACCGGGAUGUACGUGCAUCAGACGAAGUAUGUCCACGAGAUUCUCAAAAGAUUUGGAUUGGAAGAUAGCUUAUCCUAUGACACGCCUCUCCCGAAAAAUCAUAAGCUUUCACCCGAUAAGGAGAAAGAUCCUGAAGUUUCAAUCAACUCCGAAGGAGUCUCACUUGAAAGUAGUCAGGCGUAUCUUCAGAUAUCUGAAAGGCCUGAAGGUGGUCUGGAUUUGAUGGCGUAUGCUGACGCAGACUUCGGAGGGUGCCCGAUGAAUAGAAAGUCAACCUCUGGCGGCGCACAACUUCUUGGGAAUCGUCUGGUCUCUUGGCAAUGCAAAAAUCAAGUUGCCGUUUCUCUAUCCACGUGCGAGGUCGAGUACAUUGCUGCAUUAAGCUGUUGUGCUCAGUUCUUGUUGUUUGCGUUGUUUGAAACUGCGAGUGUUCAAGUCUCAAAGUUUCGAGUUUUUACCAAUUCUCAACUCCGAGUUUUUGAGUGUCUCAAAGUUCCGAGUUUUCUAUAA